AGAAGGGUUCUACACCCUCUCCGUUCCCCAAUGCCCAGGAACAGACUGCCUCUUCGCUGCUACUAGGGCUUGGACUCUGCCUAGGGACUGCUGCGAGCGAGCGCAGUGAGGCCGGUGAGGCGAGGUCCCGGAAGCCAGUGGCCCGGGAAGGGACUCCAAAAAGCACAAGUUGGAGCUGGCUCCGGACCAAGCUGUUGUUGUUCUCAACGUGGUCCGCUGCAGAGCCAUAAAAGGGAAGCAAGGCGCCCUCUUUCUCUUUACAGCGCAGCGUGCACGCCCAGAGAGCUCUCGCUGAAGUGGUAGUGUUAGCAGUGGCGGCUGCUCCCUCGGGCGGCUUCUCCGCUGCGGCCCGCUUCCGGCCUGGUUUCUUCCUUACGGUCCGGCUCAGGCCCGGCCCCCUCCUCAGCCCUGCCGCCAGGCUCCAGGCCCGGCCGCGGCCGCUCCCGCCUGGAGCCGCCGCGCGCCCCCAGCCCCCCGGACUCCCCUCGGCCUCUGGCUUUCCUCUUCCCUGCGCGGCCACCGGGCUUCCGCGCCCGGCCUGCCACCAAUCCGCUGGCUACCAUGUCUGUGGAGCUCGAGGAGGCCCUGCCGCUGACAACCGCUGAGGGGACGGCCAAGAAGGCGGCCAGGGUUAGCAGCUCGGCGGCGCUGCCCCCCUCCAAGAAGAGGAAGAACAAGAAGAAAAACCAGCCGGGCAAGUAUAGUCAGCUGGUAGUGGAGACAAUUCGCCGGCUGGGCGAGCGCAACGGCUCCUCUCUGGCGAAGAUCUACACUGAAGCCAAGAAGGUGGCGUGGUUCGACCAACAGAAUGGGCGCACCUACCUGAAGUACUCCAUCAAGGCCCUGGUGCAGAACGACACGCUCCUGCAGGUGAAGGGCACCGGCGCCAACGGCUCCUUUAAGCUCAACCGCAAGAAGGUCGAAGGUGGCGGCGAGCGGCGCGGAGCCUCAGGGGCCACCAUGGUCUCAACCACAGCCGUACACAAAGGCAAGAAGGCGGCCCCGAGCGUGGUGAGUCCCCUGCGCUCGGACCAGAAGCCCGAGAAGCGAUCCCACAAGAAGGGCACCGCCUCUAAGAAGCACAAAGGUAGCAAGGCAAAGAAGGCUGCGGCAGCUGGGGGCAAAGUGAAGAAGGCCGCAAAGCCCAGCGUCCCUAAAGUACCAAAAGGCCGCAAGUGAGCCCACAGAUCUGAUUGGGCGGGUGUUUGGUUUUUGUCCCCUAAGUGUAUGUAGUUUUUAUACGGUUACCCUGGCCCGGGCCGCUGCGCCCGCUCUGAGUGUAGCAAGGGGCCCAAGGCCCCUUCUUUUGUCCCAUCCCCCGCCCACCGUGGUAGUAUUUUUUUUGUUUUUGUGUUUGCUUCGGAUUUUGAAACUCCCCAGAUGACGCCCCAUUGGCUCUUCACCCUUGGCAACGGCUGUCGCUAUGGUUACCCGCCCCUAGGUGCCAGCGGCCAAAGCCACUGGGCCUCCUUUUCCCGCUCCCCACUCGCCAGCCUUUGGAUACGCAACAAUCGCGCGGUACUGCGUGGUUUUUCCCUUCAUCCCAUCGGCAUUUGUGGGGCACAAUAAAUUGUUCAAACCUUUAAA